UUUAAAUGCAAAUCAAUUUUUCUUUAACGCGGAAUCAAAACUUUGUCGAUUAUAUUUAAGAAAAUCGCAGACUAUCAGUAGACUUAAACUAUCAGAAAUUCCAUGGAGAAUGUCUCAAACUUUUAUACCAAAGUAGUGUAACAUAUUUAUUUACAAAGAUGCUAACACACGAAGCAUGACACGUCAAAUUACCGAACGUGUUCGGAGAAGGAUUCAAAAAGGACUCAUUAUUAGUUUCGCGGAAGUUAGUGUGCACACGGAUUAAUGUUCCUGUCUCCAACUAGAACGACGAAGAGAAUACACGAAGUUAUUCAAGCAUGAACAAGGGAAGAUCCGGUGCGACGGCCACCCGGAAAAUUUUCAUAGAGCUCACGUCAUAAGGAUUUCUCGUUUAAUAAGUUUCUAGUUGCAGAACAAAGGAAAAUGUCGGCCGAAGUGAGAGCUGGUCGACCUACCAUGCCAACGAUUCCGCACUCCAAAAGGCCAACGAUUUUGAUAUAUCCGACGGUUACGCCGGAGAGCAUAAUCAUACCCAUCGUAUCCUGCAUUCUGGGAUUUCCGCUGUUAGCGUUAAUGGUAAUUUGCUGUUUACGGAGGAGAGCAAAACUCGCUAGGGAACGGGCUCGGCGAAGAAACUGUGAUUUGGAUCAUGGCGCAUUGAGCCUCGUCCGUUUCAGCCCGGUUCAUCGCCUAGCUGGCAUUGAUCGACCGGCACGUACCGUGUCCUUAAGAGGUGAUAGAGAGUCCCGAGCCUUCUCAUCCCUGGAGUUGGACACCGUCGUCGAGGAGCGUUCAGAUCCUGAGCAGAGCACCGCUCUCGAAUUAAGUAGUCCUGACUAGCAUCCGGCUUUGGCACUGUCGAGGUCUCCACGACCAUCGAAAUCUUUGGCGGUGCCGUUGCCUGUGGAUCAUAGUCCGCUGUGGACAGCUUUGACACACG